AUGCCUAAGAUGCUGUCUGUCCCAAUGGUUAGCCACCAUGUAGUAAUAGAGUGUCUCUUAUGUGUUACAAGUGACCUAGGUUUUGCACAAGACAUCGAGAUGAAGCAAAGGGGACAAGGAAUGGAGAUAGCCUUCGAAGAGGGUGUUAUCAGCUGCUCUAACCAUUGUCUCCCCGUAAUGACUUCUUCGCCGAGGGCCUUCCCAUCUGGUCGCUUCUAUAUCUCAGCGGGCGACAUAGGUUCUUACUCACAACUUGGAUUAGAGAUAAUAAAACGUCCUGUAACAGUCUCUAUCUAA